GAACCUACCAAGGUCAGUGGCUGGGCGGGAUGCGUCACGGCUAUGGCGUGCGGCAGAGUGUACCGUACGGCAUGGCGGCCGUCAUCCUCUUCCCGCUGCGAACAUCCAUAAACUCCCUCCGCUCCGAGCACAGCCACGGCCCUCCGGCUGUGUUGGAGGACGGCACCGCCACCACGCCAACGGACGGGGUGGUGGCCGGGCUGGCGGGGAGCCCUGUGGGCCGGGGUGGGUUCGCCCUGACGGCUCCGAGCGAAGCAGAGCGCCAGAGGAAGAGGAAAGGCCGCUUCCGGCAGUCCAUCCUGAGCGGCCUGAAGCUGCGGCGCUCUGAGUCCAAAAGCUCGUUGGCCAGUCAGCUCAGCAAGCAGAGCUCCUUCUGCAGCGAGGCCGGCAUGAGCACCGUCAGCUCCGCCGCAUCGGACAUCCACUCCAACGCCAGCGAGAGCGAACAGGGCGCCCCCGUGGACGCCACUGUCACUGAGAUGUACGCCGGUGAGUGGCGGAGCGACCAGAGGGCCGGCUGGGGCGUGAGCCGGCGCUCCGACGGCCUGCGUUACGAAGGCGAAUGGGCAGCGAACAAGAGGCAUGGGUACGGGUGCACCACCUUCCCCGAUGGCACCAAGGAGGAGGGGAAGUACAAGCAGAACGUGCUGGUGAGCGGGAAACGCAAGAACCUGAUCCCACUGAGGGCCAGCAAGAUCCGGGAGAAGGUGGACCGCGCCGUGGAGGCCGCGGAGAAGGCUGCGGACAUCUCCAAACAGAAAGCGGAGAUUGCCAUGUCCAGGAUGAGCCACGCUCGUGGGAAGGCGGAGGCGGCUGAAGGAGUGGCGCAGAAGGCCAUGGAGGAGUGUCGACUGGCCCGGAUCGCUGCCAAAGAGCUCUCUCCCUCCUUCCACAUCUACGGGAACG